AUGGAAGUUAUUAACCUUGGUUCGGAUGAUGAAGCAUUAGAGGAUAACAGGAAGAAGAAUAAAGGUUCCAAAAGUUGCAACAGUAAUUGUAUAAACUUUCAAUGUUCCUCUGGAGUAAAUAUGAAAUCAGCUCCCUCAUUUGCAUGUGCUUUUUAUGGAGUCAAUACAGAAAAAAAGAAAGAGCGUAUGAUAUGUAGAAAAUGUUUUGAUGAUGCAUUAGAACAUCAAAAGCAAUUGGUUGCAGCAUUUGUAGAUCGUAAACCACUAUUAAAGUGUGAAUUUCCUGAUCAUACAAUGGAAGUAGAAAUUUCAGAUAGUGAUGAUUCAGAUGAUGAUAAAAAAAAAGACACAUAUGAUGAAGAAAAGUAUUUGCCAGAAGAAAUGCUUACAAAUAUAGAGGAAAUGUUAGACAGCACAUUAAAUAAUAUUUUUAUAAAAUAUGAUGUAAAAUACCAAAUUAAGCAAGCACACAAUAUACUAAAAGACCAAUGGGAUAAAAUAAAUGAAGAGAAUGAAGUUUUAGAUAGAACAGUUAAAGGCUUGAUGCGUACUAUGGAUACAUUGCGUAAUAGUUUAUAUGAUGAAUUCAAGCCACAAAUUCAAAUGCUUCAAGAGCUUCAAAUAGAUGAUGGUUAUAUGGACAAUGUUUUCUAUCCUUUAGUGGCAACAAAAAAAGUUACACAAGUAAGAGUUGCCCCUUUUACAUUGUCACAAGAUAGUCAACCUGAAGUUUUACCAAUUGAACAAGAUAAUAGACAAAUUGUAGUUUUGGAUUUACCUCCAAUUGGCCCACUUGUGAAACCACUAAUAGAUAUGGAUAGUAUUGUAUAUAUUAUGAAACAUCCACUUAUGCCAUGGAUUAAGGGAAAGGUGCAAACUGUAGUUUCAAGGUCUCCCUUACAAUUUCGUGUAAAAUUACUGCAAAAGAAAUAUAAUUCUGUUGUCAAAUCUGUUUCUGGUAAACAAAUUGCAGCUGCUAUAACCAGUCAAGUAAUAAUUUCAGUUGGUACACGAGUAGUUGCAGUAUUUAAAGAUGUAUCAUCUAGUAAUUUUUACAGUGGAGUUAUAGCUGAACCACCAAAAGCCACAAAUAAAUAUAGAUAUUUAAUAUUCUUUGAUGAUGGAUAUGCUCAAUAUGUUGAGCAUAAACAUAUUUAUUUAGUUGCUGAAUCUUCUCCUAAAGUUUGGGAAGAUAUACCUAAUGAAUCUCGAGAUUUUGUGAAGAAAUAUAUUGAAACAUAUCCUGAAAGGCCAAUGGUGAAACUACAGACAGGCCAAGUAGUAAAAACAGAGUGGAAUGGGAAAUGGUGGAUUGCAAGAGUAGUUCAAGUUGAUGCAAGUUUAGUACAAAUGCACUUUGAUGCUGAUGGUAGAACAGAAUGGAUUUAUCGAGGUUCUGCUAGAUUAGGACCUUUAUAUCUUGAACUUCUAAAAGCCAAUGCAAGACAACAAGGGCAUCAUGCAUCUGUCAAUACGCCGAGUCGACAUCGACUACCGGCUAUAUCUAAUAAAAGUAAUUUGCCUUACGUAGAAUACACAUCUAAUAUAGAAUCGGAAGAAGAAAGGGUUGCUCAAUUAGGAAAAGAACAGAAUACAGUAAGUGAAAAUGCAGGUACAUUUCCCCCAAGUGCACCACAACAAUCACGCGCUGUUGCUAGGAAAAGUACUAGUAAAAAGCAAAAUAUUGUGGAUGCAAGUACCUAUAAUCCUACUACGGAAACGAAACCUUCACACAGCAUAGUUUAUUAUCAGACACAGAACAAGAUUCAAACAAAGAAAUUUGUUCCGCAUAAAUGCGGUCCUCAGUGUGUUCAGGGUAUAUCCUUUACACCUGAUGACUUAAGAGGGUAUUCACCUCUUUCAAUACCAUUACUUUGUGGUUGGAACAGACAACUUUGUAAAUAUCCCAAAGGAAAAAAAAUUACAUUAUAUCAAGCACCAUGUGGUGUUAGAUUACGAAAUAUGGAAGAAUUACAUCAGUAUCUUCGUAAAACAGGUAGUCCAAUGUCAGUUGAUCUAUUUGAUUUCGAUUACUGGGUACAUUGUUUAGCAGAAUUUGUCUUGGAUAAAUGUUUCAUCAAUAUAAAGGAUCUUAGUUAUGGUGUAGAAAAUGUACCAAUUCCAUGUGUCAAUGAAUUAGAUCAUACCCAACCAGAUACUAUUAGAUACAGUACUCAAAGAGAACCAACAGAAGGUGUUAAUCUUAAUUUAGAUCCAAAUUUCUUGUGUAGCUGUGAUUGUGAAGACGAUUGUCAGUUAACAAUACAAGGUGCUACUCUGGGCGGAAGAGUACCAAACACGUCUGUCGGUUACAUGUAUAAACGUUUACCAGAGCCAGUCACGACUGGAAUUUAUGAGUGCAAUUCCGGAUGUAAAUGUGCUGUAAAAACAUGUUUGAAUAGGGUAGUGCAACACCCAUUAACAUUAAAAUUACAAGUAUUCAAAACAGCUCCUCGAGGUUGGGGUAUACGUUGCCUAAAUGAUAUUCCUCUUGGAUCUUUUAUUUGUAUAUAUGCUGGUAGAUUGCUUACAGAACAGGGAGCCAAUGAAGGUGGUAAAAAUUAUGGAGACGAAUAUCUCGCAGAAUUAGAUUAUGUUGAAGUAGUAGAAGGUAUUAAAGAAGGCUAUGAAAGUGACGUUCUUGAGCCAGAAAUGCCGUUAUCUACUCCAGACGACAAGAAGAAAUCUAUGACGAGUGAUGAUGAAGAUAAUUCUAAAACAAACGCAAACGAUUCGGAUGAAGAUUUUAACAUUAGUAAAUACGUAAAUUUCAACGUAAAUUCUAUAGAAUCUUCUUCUAUAAGAAAAAGAUUAAGAAAACGAAAACGAGACGAUGCUAAUACUCAAGAUGGAUCUGAAGAAAAUAGCGAAGAUGGAAGCGGUACUAAAACUUCCGAAAACACUACAAAACCUUCUACUAAUGACAAUCGUUCAAACGAUCAAGAUGCAAUCACUAUAAGUGAUGAAGAAGAAAACAGAAGCGGUAGACGUGAACCAAGUAGAUUUGAUCCAACAGUGGAACCAACACAGAUAGAAAGACCUAAAUUUAAAUCAGUAAGAGAUUUCUUUGGUGAAGAUGAAGCUGUUUAUAUAAUGGAUGCUAAAACAACUGGGAAUAUUGGACGUUAUUUAAAUCAUUCAUGUGAUCCAAAUGUUUUCGUACAAAAUGUAUUUGUGGAUACUCACGAUUUAAGAUUUCCAUGGGUAGCAUUUUUUGCUUUAAAUUACAUAAGAGCAGGUCAAGAAUUAACAUGGAAUUAUAGUUAUGAUGUUGGAAGCAUACCGGGAAAAGUUAUCAUAUGUAAAUGUGGUGCAUCUAACUGCAGAGGUCGACUUUUAUAA